UUGAGUACACUCUAACAUUGAUUCGGAACCUAAUUAAAACGGCUCAUUAUUUGAAAGAAAGAUCCAACUUUGAAUUUUGGGAUAAAAUCAUAGACCCGUAACAUCAACUAUGACCCUAUUGUUAUAAUUCACUCUUAUCGAUCAACUAACCAAUUAGACUUAUAACUACACGUAUUUAUUCAAUCAACCGCCCAAUGUCUAAAAAAUGUAUUUAUGUCGCCAGAGCUUUAGUGGUCCAUAUUUAGCUAUCCAAUCUUCACUUGCUAAACAAGAUAUCUAAACCCUAAACUAUACUUAAACCCUCUAUAAGAACCCUAUAUCAAGAUCACUCUUGGUUCUUUACUGUUCCAUUUAAAAUUUCCAUUCUCUUUAUCAUCUCAUUAGCUCUACAGUUGCUACACAAGAUACCCCUAGCCCUAAUCUCUACUUAAACUACCCUAAAAACCCUAUAAAUAUUAAGACAUAUUCUCUAUUCAUCACUUUCUCCAUUGGAUUCAAAGACCUCUGACUAAACAUUUUUUAAGGUUUAUUCAUCUAAAAACCCUUGAAAUGGCGGACUCAAUCACGUUAGCCGUGACCACGAGAAACCAUGUACUCGUCCCACCGGCGUCAGAAACUCCAAAGGGUCUCUACUAUCUCUCGAACCUCGAUCAAAACAUCGCCGUCAUGGUCAAAACGUUAUAUUACUUCAAAUCGGAGUCAAGAACCAACCAAGAAUCCUACAAUGUGAUAAAGAAAUCUCUCUCUGAGGUUCUUGUUCAUUACUAUCCUGUCGCCGGAAGGUUAACGAUCAGCCCGGAAGGGAAGAUCGCCGUAAAUUGCACCGGAGAAGGAGUAGUGUUGGUGGAAGCUGAGACUAAUUGUGGGAUAGAGAUGAUCAAAGAAGCUCUCUCUAAGAAUAAAAUGGAUAUGCUCGAGAAACUUGUUUACGACGUUCCUGGUGCCCGGAAUAUUCUUGAGAUCCCCCCGGUGGUAGUUCAGGUAACAAAUUUCAAAUGCGGCGGUUUUGUCCUAGGACUAGGCAUGAGCCACAACAUGUUCGAUGGAGUCGCGGCCAUGGAAUUUCUCAACUCAUGGUGCGAGACGGCCAAAGGCAUCCCUUUAUCCGUCCCACCUUUCUUGGACCGCACGAUUCUUAAGCCAAGAAACCCGCCAAAAAUAGAGUUCCCACACAAUGAAUUCGAUGAAAUCGAAGACAUUUCCGAUACCGGAAAACUCUACGACGAAGAAAAACUCAUCUACAGAUGUUUCCUCUUCGAACCCGAAAAGCUAGAGAAGCUCAAAACCAUGGCAAUGGAAGAAGGUAGUGGUAAUAAUAAGGUUACAACAUUUCAAGCCUUAACCGGUUUUCUUUGGAGAUCAAGGUGCGAGGCACUACGGUUUAAACCGGACCAACGGGUUAAGCUUCUUUUCGCGGCCGAUGGACGGUCGAGAUUCGUCCCGCCUCUCCCGGUAGGAUAUUGCGGAAACGGCAUUGUGUUGACCGGUUUAGUGACGUCAUCGGGGGAAUUGGUUGGGAAACCUCUUGCUCGUUCGGUGGGUUUGGUUAAGAGAGCGGUCGAGUUGGUUACGGACGGUUACAUGAGGUCGGCUAUGGAUUACGUUGAGGUGAACCGGACCCGGCCGAGUCUGACCGCGACGCUUCUGAUUACGUCAUGGUCUAAAUUGACAUUUGAUAAACUGGAUUUUGGUUGGGGAGAACCGGUUUUCUCUGCACCGGUUGGUUUACCCGGGAGGGAAGUGAUCUUAUUCUUGCCAGGUGGCGACGAUAUGAAGAGUAUCAAUGUGUUCCUCGGGCUUCCUGCUUCGGCUAUGGAAGUGUUUGAAGAGCUUAUGAAGAUUUGAAAAGAAAUUUCAUAACCAAAUUAUGAUAUACAUUACAUUAUUUCUUCUACAGAUUAAUUAUUUAUAAAUUAAACAGCAGUUUCUUAUACCUAAUCAUUAUUUUAUACAUGUAAGUCUGAAUUGUUGCUACUUUGCUUGUAUCGGUUUCGAAAAUCUAUUAUAUAAUAGGAGAAUUUU